AUGCCUUCGGGUUUGGAGGAGGCGCUGGAACACACCGGUGGUAACGGUCGAACCUCUGAAGGUGUCUCAAUAUCAACUUUCCUGGCGUCGCUGGCGACGGCCAUCGUUGUUUUCGUCGUUGAAUUUCUCCUCUUUCUGUUACUAAAGGGUAAACUAAGUCGUAUAUAUCAACCGCGAACCUAUUUGGUACCAGAUAGAGAACGGACAACUCCAUCACCUCCAGGUCUCUUGCGUUGGAUUGUCCCAGUCUUUCGUACUUCCAGCUCGGAAUUCAUUCAGAAAUGUGGGCUAGAUGCAUACUUCUUCCUGCGCUAUCUGCGCAUGCUCCUGAAGAUCUUCGUUCCUCUAGGACUCGUGAUCUUGCCAGUUCUACUCCCAAUCAACAAAGUUGGCGGUAGGGACCACAAAUACGAGCAUGGUACCUCGGGCGUUACGUAUACCGUCAGUGGUCUGGAUCAGUUAGCAUGGGGUAAUGUAACCCCCGAGCAUACGAGUCGGUACUGGGCUCAUUUAAUAAUGGCCGUGGUUGCUAUUGUCUAUGUCUGUGCUGUAUUCUUUGAUGAACUUCGGAAUUACAUUCGUCUGCGACAGGCCUACUUAACAUCUCCCCAGCAUCGACUUCGUGCUUCUGCCACCACCGUGCUGGUUACUUCUAUCCCGCCUGAUUGGCUCAAUACAGAUGCCCUUGAUAGGCUUUUCGAUGUUUUCCCUGGGGGCGUGCGAAACGUCUGGCUCAAUCGCAACUUUGAUGACUUGAACGAGAAAGUCAAAGCACGAAACGAUCUGGCUCUCAAGCUCGAGAGUGCCGAGACGGAUCUAAUUGUGAAAUGCAAAAAGGCACAGCUCAAAAAUGCCAAGAUGGAGGCAAAGAAGGCCGGCAAGAGCCAGUCAAGUGUAGAGAAACAAGAGCAAAAGGCGGCCGACAAACGGGCGUCACAAAUGGCCAUGGGUCCUGGUAUCAGCUCUGGUAAUCCUUAUCAGGCCCACACUGUACAAGAAAUGCUCCAUGGACAACCGGAAGGCCCACAAGAGAAACGGUUGCAGGACGGACCUCGACGAGUCUUUGACCCUGCCUUCGCCGCCGCUGGGGCGGUUGGCCAAGGGGUGGGAAAAUUGGGAAAGACAGUGCUUGGGGGUUUCAAGAAGGUUGAGCAGGGCUUCGAGAAGCCCUUGUCUCGAACCGGUGGCUUCGUUGCCACUACCGACAACAUCAUCCCGCCUCGUUCACAUAUCCCCCCCACCUCCGAUCGUUCUGCAACCACAGACAUUCCUCCGCCUCGUUUACAUACUCCCCCAGGGCCCGAUCAUUCUGCAACUACAGAUAUCCUCCCGCCUCUUUCACAUACUCUCCCAGGCCCCGAUGAUUCUGCAACUACAGACAUGCUCCCGCCCCAUGCAAACACUCCUCCAGUCCCAGAUCCUCUUGCCCCUAGCAGCCCGUCUGCUACAAACCCCGCCAAACCUGUAGGGCUGCGGCGAAGUCAACACUUAAGUCUGAACUUAGGUCAGAGAAUAGGACCUGAUGCAGGACAGGAUGCAAGACAGAGUGACACCAUGCGCCGUGACCCAACGACUCCGUCGAAGCCAUCAUUCUGGAAACGAAUGUCGUCUCAUACAAAAUCGCAGGGUGUGCGCGAGACUGACGAGUAUCCACUGACUGCACCUGAAACGCCUGCAACUGUUCCAUCGCCUCGUGGCUUCAACAAACCCGAAAAGAACGAAAAACACAGACAUGGUCGAAAGGAGGGGGCCAAAAUGAAAGGGGAAGAAUACCCCAUAUCCUAUAAUGAAAAUUUCGAGAAUGAAGACUACGGAGAGCCACUGUGGAAACAAUAUGUUCGGCCCAAGGACCGAGAUACCAUGCGUCUACCCAUAUUUGGUUGGAGUUGGAUGCCUUCGCUUUGGCUUAUAGGCAAAAAGGUUGACACCAUCGAUUAUUGUCGAAAGGAGCUCGCUCGUCUGAAUCUGGAGAUCGAAAUCGACCAGCAACACCCUGAGCGGUUCCCUUUGAUGAACUCGGCCUUCAUUCAAUUCAAUCACCAAGUCGCCGCCCACAUGGCCUGUCAAUCUGUUAGUCACCAUCUCCCCAAACAGAUGGCACCCCGAGUCGUGGAAAUCUCCCCUGAUGAUGUUAUUUGGGAUAACAUGUCGAUCAAAUGGUGGGAACGAUACCUACGUGCCUUCGGAAUCAUCACAUUAGUUUGUGCAAUGGUCGUUGGAUGGGCGUUCCCUGUUGCGUUUACCGGACUUCUGUCCCAAUUGGCGUAUCUGGAGGGUGCAUUCCCGUGGCUGGCCUGGCUUGGCAAGCUACCAGACUGGUUUAUUUCAGCCAUCCAGGGUAUUCUUCCUGCGCUGUGUUUGGCCAUUCUGAUGGCACUGCUCCCUCUCAUCCUUCGCUUCUUGAGCCGCACGCAAGGCCUCUUCACUGGCAUGUCCAUCGAGCUCACUGUCCAAAACUAUUACUUUGCCUUCCUCUUUGUGCAGCUGUUCCUGGUCGUCACUAUCGCUUCCAGUUUCUCGACAAUCAUUGAGAAUGUCACUGAUGUGGCCAGCUGGCCUCAACUCCUAGCAGUGAACAUUCCGAAGUCUAGUAACUACUUCUUCUCUUACAUGAUUCUACAAGCAAUGUCUGUGAGCGCCGGCGCUCUUGUGCAAAUAUUUGGCCUGGUGAGCUGGUUCAUCUUAGCCCCAAUUCUGGAUUCUACUGCCCGGAAGAAGUGGGCACGAACAACGAACCUCAAUCAGAUGCAAUGGGGCACAUUCUUCCCUGUCUAUACCACCCUGGCCUCUAUUGGUUUGAUAUACUCUGUGAUUGCACCUCUGAUUCUGGUUUUCAACGUUAUUACCUUUGGCCUGUUCUGGUUCGUCUAUCGUUAUAACACACUCUAUGUCACCAAGUUCCGUUUUGACACCGGUGGCCUUCUCUUCCCUCGAGCUAUUAAUCAGCUAUUCACCGGAAUUUACGUUAUGGAAGUCUGCCUGAUUGGCUUGUUCUUCUUGGUUCGUGACGAGAAUGACGAUGUCGCCUGCGAGGGACAGGCUAUUUGCAUGAUCGUCGUUCUAGUCCUAACGGCCGGUUACCAAAUUCUUCUCAACGAAGCGUUUAGUCCACUGAUUCGAUAUCUUCCCAUCACCUUGGAAGAGGAUGCUCUUCGACGUGAUGAUGAGUUCCGUCGGGCUCAGCACGCUCGCCUCGGUCUCGCUCUUGACGAUGAGGAUGAAGAUAACGAGGAUGGUGAUAUUGAACACGCCCUCUCUAAGCGUGAACAUCAAGAGCGCCAGCACAAUAAGGAGAUACAGGAAGACAUCGAGCUGAAACCUCUGGAAACCAAUUUCCCAGACCAGAAGCGACAUAAUUCCGAUUUCUUGUCAACACCAACACCCAAGCCUGUAGGCAAGCGUCCAUCGUGGGUCUCUAAUUCACCAAAUCAGAAAUCUAAAUAUUUCGGUCAAAACUCAACACCUUCCACGCCAACACUACAGAAUAUGCGGGAAAAGAUGGCUCAAGACACCGAGGCCCAGGGACCAGGUCCCAACACAGUUGGCCAAGCCCUCUUUGCUGGCAUCCACGAUGAAUUGGAGGAUCUCACGCCCGAUGAGCGUGACCAGCUGGUGCAACGUGCCUUCCUGCACGAGGCCCUUCGCGCCAAGCGACCUGUCAUCUGGAUUCCGCGUGAUGAUCUGGGCGUAAGUGAUGACGAAGUGUACCGAACACAACGAUUUAGCAAACAUGUCUGGAUCAGCAAUGAGUACCAGGCGCUAGAUGGCAAGUGUCGGACGAUCUUCAGUCGCAGUCCUCCAGAUUUCUCAGAGGUGGAUUUGAUUCAGCUGUGA